AUGCGGAGGGCAAAGUUGCGCCGGGGAACUUGCGAGUCUGCGGUGAAAGGCCCCCCUCCUGCGUGUUACAGUCCCAGUAGCCCCGCCCAGAUUCUAGAAGACCCCAACUACUUCUUCCCAGACUUCCCGCUCUACUCCGGGAGGCAUGAAGCGCCUGCUCUGACAGUGGAGGCUGGCGGUACCAUCAGGGAGAAAGUUGUCGAGGAUCCUCUCUGUAACUUCCACGCCCCGAGCUUCCUGAGGAUCUCAGAGGUGGAAAUGAGAGGUUCCGAGGAUGCGGCCGCUGGAACAGUAUUGCAGCGGCUGAUCCAGGAACAGCUGCGCUAUGGCACCCCGACCGAGACCAUGAACCUGCUGGCCAUCCAGCACCAGGCCACCGGGAGCGCAGGACCAGCCCACCCGACACCCGGCUUUUCUUCCUCGGAGAACCUCGCCCAAGAAGACCCACAAAUGGUCUACCAGUCGGCACGCCAGGAGCCGCAGGGUCAAGAGCACCAGGUGGACAAUACGGUGAUGGAGAAGCAGGUCCGGUCCAUGCAGCCUCAGCAGAACAACGAGGAGCUGCCCACCUACGAGGAGGCCAAGGCGCAGUCCCAGUUCUUCCGGGGGCAGCAGCCGCCGCAGCCACAGCCGCCGCCGCCGCCCCCGCAGGGGCCCGUGGGCCACGGCUACUACAUGGCGGGGGGCACCAGCCAGAAGGCCCGGACUGAGGGGAGGCCCACGGUGAGCCGGGCCAACAGCGGGCAGGCGCAUAAGGACGAGGCGCUGAAGGAACUGAAACAGGGCCACGUCCGCUCGCUCAGCGAGAGGAUCAUGCAGCUGUCGCUGGAGAAGAACGGCGUGAAGCAGCACCUCCCUGGCUCGGGGAGUGGCAAGGGGUUCAAGGCGGGCGGGGGGCCCUCCACAGCCCAGCCUGCAGGUAAAGUGCUGGACCCCCGGGGCCCUCCCCCCGAGUACCCCUUCAAGCCCAAGCAGAUGAUGUCCCCGGUCAGCAAGACCCAGGAGCAUGGACUUUUCUACAGCGACCAACACCCUGGCAUGGUCCACGAGAUGGUCAAGCCUUACCCCGCUCCGCAGCCCGCCAGAACGGAAGUGGCCGUCCUGAGGUACCAGCCGCCCCCGGAGUACGGGGUAACCAGCCGCCCAUGCCAGCUUCCUUUCCCGUCAACAGUGCAGCAGCACAGCCCCAUGUCCUCCCAGAACUCCUCGGUCAGCGGGCCUCUGCACUCCACCUCCUUGCCGCUGCCGCUCCCGGUGACCCUGGCCGCCCCGCAGCCUCCGCCUGCCGCCUCCCCCAGCCAGCAGCUCGGCCCCGACGCCUUCGCGAUUGUGGAGCGAGCCCAGCAGAUGGUGGAGAUACUGACAGAGGAGAACAGGGCGCUUCACCAGGAACUUCAGGGUUACUAUGACAACGCUGACAAGCUCCACAAGUUUGAAAAAGAGCUUCAGAGGAUUUCGGAAGCCUAUGAGAGUCUGGUCAAGUCCACCACCAAGCGAGAGUCACUGGACAAGGCGAUGAGAAACAAACUGGAGGGCGAGAUUCGAAGACUUCACGACUUCAACAGGGACCUCCGAGAUCGACUGGAGACUGCCAACAGACAGCUGUCCAGUAGGGAAUAUGACAGCCAUGAAGACAGAGCCGUGGAGGGCCUGUAUGCUUCUCAGAACAAAGAAUUCUUGAAGGAAAAGGAGAAGUUAGAAAUGGAGUUAGCAGCAGUGAGGACUGCAAGCGAGGACCACCGGAGACACAUUGAAAUCCUGGACCAGGCUCUGAGCAAUGCCCAGGCCAGGGUCAUCAAGCUGGAAGAGGAGUUACGAGAGAAGCAAGCCUACGUGGAGAAGGUGGAGAAGCUGCAGCAGGCGCUGACCCAGCUGCAGUCUGCAUGUGAGAAGCGGGAGCAAAUGGAGCGCAGACUUCGCACCUGGCUGGAGCGAGAGCUGGAUGCCCUGAGGACCCAGCAGAAACAUGGGAACGGCCCGCCAGCCAGCACGCUGGAAUACAAUGCCCCGGCCCUCAUGGAGCUCGUGAGGGCGAAGGAGGAGCGGAUCCUGGCCCUGGAGGCCGACAUGACCAAGUGGGAGCAGAAGUACCUGGAGGAGAGCACCAUCCGGCACUUUGCCAUGAACGCCGCAGCCACCGCCGCAGCUGAGAGGGACACGACGAUCAUCAACCACUCUCGGAACGGCAGCUACGGCGAGGCCUCGCUGGAGGCCCACAUCUGGCAGGAGGAGGAGGAGGUGGUGCAGGCCGCCAGGAGGUGCCAGGACAUGGAGUACACCAUUAAAAACCUCCACGCCAAGAUCAUCGAGAGGGACGCCAUGAUCAAGGUCCUGCAGCAGCGGUCCCGCAAAGACACGGGGAAGGCGGACUCCUCCAGCCUGCGGCCCGCCCGCUCCGUCCCUUCCAUUGCCGCGGCCACCGGCACACACUCCCGCCAGACCUCGCUCACCAGCAGCCAGUUGGCGGAGGAGAAGAAGGAGGAGAGGACCUGGAAGGGGAGCAUAGGGCUGCUGCUGGGGAAGGAGCACCCCGAGCCCGCGUCCACCCCCGCGCUGCCUGCCCUGCCCGCCGCAGCCCCGGCCCCCACCGUGCCCGCCACGUCGGCCAGCAGCGCCCACGCCAAGACCGGCAGCAAAGACAGCAGCACCCAGACGGACAAGAGCACCGAACUCUUCUGGCCCAACAUGGCCUCCCUGCCCACCCGAGGCCGGCUGAGCGUGACCCCCUCCAACAGCCCCGUCCUGAAGCACCCAGCGGCCAAAGGGGCCGCGGAGAAGCUGGAGAGCUCUCCUGGCCACGGGAAGUCGCUGGACCACAAAGGCCGCGCCAGCAGCCUGCUGCACAAGCCCGAGUUCCCGGACCCAGAGAUGAUGGAGGUCCUCAUCUAG